AUGCUGCAGCAGCUGCAGCAAAGGCACUCUGCAGCCAUGGCUGCGAGGCCGCUCGCCCGCUCAGUGCUCGCUGCCAGAUCGACUCCUCUGUCCCCUGGCGCCAUUGCUGGGGCUGUGAUCGGGUCAAUCGUCGGUGUCGUGAUCAUUGCGAUCUGUCUCUUCCCUUUCAUUGUCCGCGCCAGACGCCGAUGGCUUUCCCGUUAUGACGAGCCCACCCUGGCCGAGAUGGGGCAGAGCCCCGGAGGCCCCAUUUUCCCUGCUCAAGACCUGGACGACAAGUCCUCCAAGAGAUGCUCAGGGUCCGGCCUUGAAAAUGGUAUUGCCCUCGACCAUCCUCAACCGGCCUCACCUGACCACCAACCUCAACCCGCAACCGUCCCGCAAGGCGUCGCUCCUCAGCAGGGUCUUCCCUCGCCAACCUCGUCCCUCUCGCCGGUUUCUAGGGCUAACUCGUCACUCGGCUUAGCCCACGUCGACAGCCAGGCAGCUUCCCCUGUGGCGGCGUCUGCUCCGGCGCAAUUACCCACCGAGGCCUCCUUUAAAUCGCAUCGCGGGUCCAGGGGGACUGUAGGCCGCGAAAGCCCCCGAGAAUUGAGCUUUACCGAGUCCUAUGGGCCGCCUAGCCGUGAGCUCACCCACAUAACCUCAGUCGGCAUUACAGAGGAGCCCGAGUCCUUUGAGCCCACUCCGCAUCGUCAACAUUCCAAAGUCACAGACUCCAUCCGGAGUCUCAUCCACCGCCGACAUUCAUCACAGCAGCGCCGCGACAGCAAGCGCUCUACCUCCGACGCUACUGACAGAGCGCGUUCGCCCUCCAUCGUAACCAACGAGCUACUCGCCCAGACCGAGCUUACUCCGUCCGGCCUCGAGAUCGAUCCCAACACUGUUGGCUUGGCCUGGGAUUACUAUAACGACCCGACUCUGGGGACUGACGCUUCUCAGCGACUUGCGACAGUCCCAACGUCUUUCAAUACUCUUCCACCAACACAUGCCACAGCUUCGGUGCCAAUCAGCCCCGUCUCUCCCAUUGACCAAAGUGCACCCUUUAUGACAGCAGGACCGGUUACAGGGGACGCUAUUUCGCAGGACAGUGACAAAACCAUCACAGCCAAGGCGCCCACGAGGUCAUUUAGCAGACAAAGCACAUUCGCACUCGGCCAGAAACCGCUUGGCCCGCUGCAGCGUACCGACAGCCUCCCCCCUCCAACUAUUGUUAACGAUAUCCCUAGUCCUCCUCUGCAAUACACCAUUGGCCCAAGCGGUAAUCCCAUGGAGAUGAUGAAGCCAACCAACCCUGCCGAAAGCGCGUGGAUGCUGGAACACGAAAUGCGUAUGAUCCAAAAUCCUCCGCCGCAACCUCCCGCCGAACCUGACCUGCCUGUCCCGGUGCCGAUGCCUGUGCCUGUGAAUGAACCCUCCUACGUUAUCCCCAGCCAGGAUCUGGAGCCGAACUAUCAAGCUCAAUAUCAAUCGCCUUAUCAAUCACCAUACCAGCCAGCCUUGGACUUUGAAGCACAGCUCCAUGUCGAGCCGGCUGAGUACUACAACCCCACCAUAUUGACGACGACUGGACAAUAUGCGACACCACCGCCUUCAACUGGCCCCUCGGCGCAGAGCACACCUGACACGAGGCUGACAUCUUACACCGCGUCUCCCUCCCCACCCACCGAUCUUGAUGCAGUAUACCAUAGCCAACUGGCACCGUCGCCAGGGCUAUCGCCAGGUCAAUGGUCAGGACCGUCGAGGGGGCCGUCGCCUGGACUAUCACCGGGUAUAUCGUCGGGACCCUCGCGGGGACCCUCGCCAACACCUUCGCCAUUACCGGGGCAGUCCCCAGGCAGGACGUUCGCUUGUGAUCAAUGCCAUCGUGUGUUUGACCAGAUACAUAAGUUGAAUCACCACAGGCGCUACCACGAGCGGCGCCAUGAGUGCCCUCAGCCGGGCUGCACGAUGCGUUUCGGUACCAAGACACACCUGGAUCGCCACAUCAAUGACAAGCACAACAAGACACGCAAGUUCUAUUGUACCGAGCGGGGCUGCCCGUACUCAAGACAGGGCGGGAAAUCCUUCCCCCGCAAGGACAAUUUGCGGCGGCACAUGCAGAAUAAGCACCAAUUAUCUCCCGACUUGGGGGCUGCUACAGAUUACAUUGACGAGGCCAUGGGCGGGACAUGA